AUGUUCAACGGCGGACGGCAAUCAUCGGAUCGGCUAGGACGGAGGGACCCUGCGGAGCGGAAAUUUGUCGCAAUAGUCCGCUCCAGACCCGGUCGCUUCUUCGAACCCGACGAAAUGAACGGCGGGGAGGAGAGGCGGGGGGUAGAUCAAGGGCGGACGGGGCUUGACGCGCGUAUCGGGGGGGAAAAGCGACGCGGGAUGUAUCGAGGGGCAGUUGAGCGUCAGCAACAAAGAGACAGAAUGGGGGAAGAGAAGCCGCAGGAUGGCUGGCAGAAAGGCUCGGGGCUGGAAGAAGAGGAGGAGGCAGCAACCCGUCCACUAACCCCCAUUGAGCCACUCACAGCCCUCCAUCUGGUUAGUAUUGCGCUGACUCAGCCGUCCCCCGGGUUUUCCUCCCAUCUUCCGCUAUCCGUUCUGUUCUCGGAGUCGGGGUGCCGGAGUCAAGCAGGUCAAGAGGAAAACAAGGGUUGGCUCCAGUGGCGGUUCCCUUGUACCCUGGAUCCGCAAGGCUGGGUCGACAUCGAUUUUGCUGCUGACGGCUUGCUUAGUAGUAGCAAAGUAACCACCAACACGAGGUAUCCAGCAUCUACCAAGUGCUAA